GACACAAGGUCGCUAGGGCAGUGUGUGUGCGCUAGUGUUACACGGAAGGCAGCUACGCUGGAAAGUGUAGACGCUGUGUGGGUGUCUGGGAGGGAGUGAAGUGCUCGUCGUGAAAGGUGGUAAAAUAGCAUCUCAUUGCACGCAACAUUUGAUAUUAGCUACCUGUGUCCAGCAGCUGACGAAGACAGGAUGGCUCCGAACGAAACCGCGGAGAACAUGACACAUCUUCGGAGGACGUACGACCCGAAGUCCCUGGAGCACGACACUCCCUCUCACCAGUUGGCCGACGCGGAGGUACGUUUGCAGCCCAUCGACAGGCAGCAAUUAGACCCUCGCGGCCGCAGCCAUGACCACACCAUUGAAACGAAGACGCACCACUCAAAGGACACUGGCGACCCAACACAACCAACAAGCGUUGAAAGGAAGCUACUCUCUAGCGGCAUUAAAGCUGCAGCGAUCACUCUAUUCCUGUACUUCUACGGGAAUCACAUGGUGUCGUCCCAGAUGAAGAAGGACCCGCGAGUCGAUUCCUGGAUGUACGGCUUGUACUCGUCCCCGACUCCCACCCUGUUGGCCUGCCUCGCCUACAUCGCCGGGAUCACUUACAUCGGGCCGCGACUGAUGCGUGGGCGGCAGCCUCCCAAGUGGCUCAAGACCGUGAUGGUGAUGUACAACGCCCUGCAGGUUGCCUACUGCAGUUGGAUGUUCUAUGAGGCGGGCAUGGCCGGCUGGUUUGGCUCCUACUCCUUCAUCUGCCAACCCUGCGACUUCAGCAACAGCCCAUCGGCCCUCAGGAUGCUCCGAGUUGCUAUUGCCUACCAUUUGUCAAAGUUCCUUGAUUUCUUUGACACGAUCUUCUUCGUGUUGAAUCACAAGUACAGCCACGUCUCGCUGCUGCACGUCACCCACCACGCUCUCAUGCCCAUGGGCCUCUGGUAUGGCAUCCGACACGAGCCCGGCGGCCAAACCACCUUCUUCGGCUUCCUGAACGGCUUCAUCCACAUCGUCAUGUACCUGUACUACCUGCUUGCGGCGCUGGGUCCCCGCGUGAGGCCCUACCUGUGGUGGAAGAGAUACCUCACCACCCUCCAGAUGGUGCAGUUCGUUGCCAUGUUUGUUCACGCCUUGCAGAGCCUGAUACUCGGGUGCCCCGCGGGUCUGCCUCUCAUGAAAAUCAUCAUGGUCAUGGCCGCCAUCUUCCAGGUUUUGUUCACAGACUUUUACAUCAAGGCGUACAGGAAAAAAGCCACUCAGACAUCGCCCAAACCCAUCAAGCUGCCGAUGAUGUGCUCUUCAAUCAAUCAGCAAGAAGAUGUGACGGGAAGUGAAGCGCCGAGUGAGGGCGAGAACCAGAAUUUAAGAAACAGGGUCCCCAACAAGGCUUCGUGAAAAACUUAAAUAAUCGCUGGACAAUCCAGCAAAACGUGAUAAAUAUAUAUAUAUAUAUAUCAUUAUCAUUACACAUUCUACGCUGCAUGCUUAAAAAAAAUCCCAUUUAAAUCAGUACACACCGAAAUGCUAUUGCUCAAAAAAGAUGAAAAGCAUGUUCAUGUAUAUAGUUCAUACUUAGAGGUAUCAUCAGGCUUCCCUUUCAUGUAAUCAAGUCGCAGGAAGGAAAGUAACAAAAUACUGCAAUUUGGUCUCAGGUUUAAGAGUGAAAGGAAUGAGAAACUAGAAUGACUGGCUUAUAGUAAGCUGAAGUACAAAGGAUUUGAAAUGUCCAAGAAGGACAGCACUCCUUCUUGAAUCAAAUUUCGUUUACACACUGCGUAACCAUUGCAUCAAGGGCAUUGCUAGUGGUCUCGAACUGCCUUCUAAUUUGUAAGGGAAAAAAACUUCAAUUGCAAUAUUUCGGUCACUGAGGCUGACAGUUUAUGUGUAACGCUAAUGAUGGUUGCUCUUAGGCAUAGCUUGUGAUGAAAAUAUAUAUAUUUUUGCUUUAGUAGUGACCUUCCAUAUAAAGUCUAUUUGUUUAUGUCAUAAGUAAGACCAAGUAAAAAUCCUUAUCUUUUCAGCAGUAUUACCCUCUUCCAUGGAAAACAAAUCUCAAAAUUGAGAGCAGUAUGUGACGAAACUUUAUGUCCACGUAAACAGAAGUCACGUGAUAGGCACUAAAAUUUUAUACUGAGCUUCUUAAAUCUUUAUUACUGUUGAGGAAGGAAUGACGUUAUUGCAAUGUGUGUGUGUGUGUGUGUGUGUGUGUGUGUGUGUGUGUGUGUGUGUGUGUGUGUGUGUGUGUGUGUGUGUGUCUGUCUUUGUGUGUGUGUGUCUGUCUUUGUGUGUGUGUGUGCGUGUGUGUGUGGAUGGUAAUGAUUACUAAUUUGUUGAGUAACUUGCAAAUAUUCAUUGUGUCGGCUAAAAAAUAUAAAAAUAGUUGUCUAUGUGCACUGGUUUACUUCAUGUCACCACAUUUACUAGACAAGCAUUUACAAAUAAAGUUGUUAUUAUAUUCCUA